CGGAAGUUGUGUUCAGUGGGAGCUCUCCAACGAUAACGCACGUGUUUAAUGUUUAUGUGAAAACUGUGUACAUUUAUUUGAAAGACAGAAGAAAAUGGGGAAGAAUAAAAGGAACAAAGUAAUGGCUUCUUCUAAAGAAACUAACAAAACAUCGAAGCCAUUAGGGAAAAAGAUGAAACAAGCUACCAAGAAAGCUAAAGAGGACCACAUGGAACAAAUUCCUUUCAGACUCAGAGAGAUUAUGAGGAGUAAAGAACAGAUGAAGACGGGAGCACGUAAGAGGAAAAAGUUGAAACAAGCCUCACAGCUCAAAAACACACAAGAGGGUGAGGGGGACAUACCUGUCCCACACUUCAAAAGGAGAAAGGGGGAGAGCGAAAAAGCUUAUCUGAGGCGAAUGGAAGCAGCUGCCAGACAUGUCCUCUUUCUGAGCCAAAACCAAGUAGAGCGGAAGCCCGAGCUGGACCCUGACCAACAAGAAAGGCGUGCGGACAAGGGCAAGUCUGAGAAAAAGAAGCAGUAUGCUAAAGAAAGAGUACUGAAGAUGCAGCAGAAGAAAUUAGACAAACAAGAAACAAAGUUGGAAAAAGAAAUGUUUGUUGAGGAUGUUCCUUUUGGUGAAGUUUCAAUGGCUCCACCUUCUCUUUCUGUCAAGCCCAGAAAAGCUCAGGACAAAUCCCAGAUGUCUUCGAAGAAUCUACUUUUGAAUUCACUGCUUGGUCAGAAAGUAGCUUCAGAUCCAGCCAAGCCUUCAAUGGCUAGACAGAGAAUCAUGGAGGAAGAGCGACAGCGUGUAGUGGAGGCUUAUCGGCAUAUGAAGAAACAGAAGCAAGAACUGCAGGACAAAAAAAAUCUUUAUCAUAGUCAAUAACCUCUAUUGAACAACACAAUGGACAGGAAAAUUAUUUGCAUCAACAGGCAACUGCUUUGCUAAAUAUGCAAACAAAAACUUGUGAAAGCUGGUAAGUAAAUGCCACUGGUCCACAAAUAUUUAUAUGUAUUUUAAAGCAAUGAACUCUUUAAAAAUGCUUGCAAAAUGCCUGUUAUUAUCCAGUAGAGGACAGUGUUUUGGAUAACUGAUCAUCUCUGAUGAAGGAGACAUACACAAUUUCAACUGCUGACGGAAAUAAAGAUUAAUAUUUUUAUUUCAAACAUUAAAAUGUUGUUUAGUUGUUUAGUCAAUCAUGUAAGUCAGCAUUCUCUACAAUGGUUUCUGAUGCUGGCACAAAUGUACACGUAUAAUUCCCUGAAGAUUUCACUCACUUUAUUUUGUGAACACUCUUCUCUUCGUCCUACACAAAGCAUAAAAUAUUUAUAUUUUAUUAUGUAUCAUUAUUAUAUUUAGACCAGUAGCUGGUCUUUAGUUGGAGUUGACCCAUUAAACAAUCAGCUCUGUUUGUCCACUCCGGUUGUCCCGGUGACAGAUCAUAAGGGACCAGCUGCCAGUGACUGGUGGUUCCCUGAGGUAACUGAAGGGUCAUUUAACCAUGUGCACAAGACAGCUUCAUGCACAGGAUGAGAAGUCUCCAGUACUGUGUUCUCGCUAAUCCUAUUGGUAACACUGCAAAACUCCAUUAUAUUGUGUGUAAAAACUCGAUUGAAUUAAAGUGAUUUAACCAUAA